AUGGCAAUUGAGAGCAUCGAAAGAAAACAUCGAUGUGGGAUUGCAGUCACACUCAACGAUCAGCCAGGAAGACACAGUUCAUUCCAAUUACAAAAUGCAAGCACUGUUAGUAUCAAGGAGGACAGAAAGCGUACAAUGCAAUGUCGAUACACCUUCCCAAAUGGUAAGAUCAUUGAGGUACAUCAAGGUGACAUCCUCGACCAUGCCGUAGACUACUUGGUGAACUCUGCGAACGACGAGCUCAAGCACUCUGGCGGACUUGCCGGGGCGAUAGUUGAAAAAGGAGGGCGUAAAAUCCAGGAGGACAGUUAUCGUGCCUUAAAUGAUAUGGGAACGGCAAAACUUUUACCUGGAAAAGUUGUCCCUACUGACGGAGGGAAAUUGAUGUGUAAAGAAAUACUUCAUGUAGUGGUGCCAACGUACAGUCCGUCUAGUGCUCAUGAUGAGGUCGAAACAAGGAGAGGGAAGUAUUUAAGACAUUGUUGUACUAAUGUCUUGGAGAAGGCCACUAAUGGUCAGACUAUUGCAAUUCCAGCGCUCGGCACAGGAGUCUGCAGGACACCCCACGAUAUCAGCGCAAAAAGUUUGGUAACAGCGACUUGUGAAUUCUUACAAGAAAAACCUUUCCACAGUUUACAACAAGUUCAUUUUGUCGAUAAUGAUCCCUUGGCAAUAGAGGCAUUAAUGAAAGAAAUAGCGAGAAGGUUUAGAAAUGACUCAAACUUACAUAUCAAUGAGCCGGUUCGAGAUAGAUGGAGACCGCUGCUAGGCGCAACUAGUGGAGUUUCGCUACCGUAUACCCCCACAGCAAGUGAUGGUUUGACAUUUAAAACUCCCGCGGGAAUGGUAAUACGUCUAAUUGUUGGAAACAUUGCAAAAUCCACGACCGAUGUUAUUGUGAACACGGUUGGAAGUGAUCUGAACCUUAGGAAGAAUCCUUGCUCAAAAGCAAUUCUUGAUGCAGCUGGAAGCGUAAUGAAAAUUUUUUGCGAGAAAUGGAUAAAAGAAAAGGGCCAGGUUAACGAAGGAGACUUUGCAAUCACAGAUGGCGCCAAGUUGAAAUGUAAGAAAGUCUUUCAUGUUUCAUGCCCCAGGUGGACAACUGAUCAAGGAGAGAAGAAACUCCGUGAGGUUGUGCGAAAACUGUUAUGCAAAACCGAAGCUCUCUCGCUCACCUCCAUCUCAAUCCCUGCUCUCGGUACCGGGAUUCUCGGAUUCUCGGAAAAAUUGGUCGCAAAAAUCUUGUUUGAAGAGGCCAUGAAAUUCAGUUCAAAUGACAAGCCUUCCUCAAAAGUCAAAAUGUUUAACGUAGUCGUUUACAAGGGAAAUUCGAAGGCUGUUAGUGCAUUCAAAGAACAAUUUCAAGUUUAUUCACCAACUGCCGAUGCAAAUACACGAAAAACAAAACGAUGUUCGGAGAGUGAUGCAGGAGGGCAAGUUGGAACGGCGGUUUAUAAAGAGGCUGGUGAAGCUUUAAGACAAGAAUACAUUGGAUUGAGCAGGAUUUAUCCUGGAGCGGUAGUCAUGACAAUGGCAGGAAAUUUGAAGGUUCGCAGAUUGCUUCACAUGGUUAUAAAUGUGCGCGCUCUUGAAACCGACAAAUUCAUGAUUCAAAACGUGGUGACAAAAGUGUUUAAUCGACGCUGA